UGCAGAUGACUGCUGCCAGAAAUGUAUGGAUGGAGAACCAUUGUUACACAUUCAUAGGCCGCGUUCAGCAAAAGUCUGUACUGCUAAUUCAUCAGCUUUGCACAUUUGAAUAACAACACAUCAUGGCCCCUGGGGUUUUGUAUAAAAGGGCCCUGGAGUCAUGGAGUUGGCAGAGCAAGUUGAACCAUCCACUAGGAAUUACCUAAACCACCAUCAUGGGCAAGAUCGUCUUCUACGAGGAGAGGAACUUCCAGGGUCGCUCCUAUGAGUGCAUGAGCGACUGCUCUGACAUGUCCUCCUACCUGAGCAGGUGCCAGUCCUGCAGGGUGGAGAGCGGCUGCUUCAUGGUCUACGAGCGUCCCAACUACAUGGGCAUGCAGUUCUUCUUGAGGAGGGGAGAGUACCAUGAUAUGCAGCGCAUGAUGAGCAUGGGAAUGAUGUUUGACAACAUCAGAUCCUGCAGGAUGAUCCCCUAUCACAGAGGCCAGUUCAGGAUGAGGAUCUACGAGAGGGAGAACUUCGGUGGUCAGAUGAAUGAGCUGAUGGACGACUGUGACAACAUCAUGGACCGUUACCGUAUGUCCGACUGCAUGUCCAGCCACGUGAUGGACGGCCACUGGCUGAUGUAUGAGCAUCCCCACUACAGAGGCAGGAUGAUGUACCUGAGGCCUGGCGAGUACAGGAGCUUCAGGGACAUGGGCAUGAGCGGCAUGAGGUGGAUGAGCAUGAGGCGCAUCACUGAUAUGUGCUAGACUUCUGUAUUUGAC